CUUGGCGGCUGCUCUUGGUUGGGGGUGUCCCGCACCCGAGGCAGGGAGAUGGUGGCUGCAAAGAAGAAGAAAAAGUCACUGGAGUCAAUCAACUCUGGGUUCCAACUCGUUAUGAAAAGUGGAAAGUAUGUGCUGGGGUACAAGCUGACUUUGAAAAUGAUCAGACAAGGCAAAGCGAAACUGGUCAUCCUCGCCAACUGCCCAGCCUUGAAGAAAUCUGAAAUAGAGUAUUAUGCCAUGUUGGCCAAAACUGGUGUUCAUCACUACAGUGGUAAUAAUAUUGAAUUGGGCAGAGUGUGUGGAAAAUACUACAGAGGAUACACAAUGGCUAUCACUGAUCCAGGUGAUUCUGAUAUUAUUAAAAGCAUGCCCGCACAGACUAGUGAAAGGUAAAUCAUGCACAAUUUUUCUUUAAUAAAACUGGC